UUGGAGAAGGUCAGGAGAUUCUGUUCAGUCGGUAUGGUAAAUGCAUCAUGGACGAGAUACGCAGGAAUUACGAGAUUCCGGAGCUCGAAGGCUUGCAGGCUCUGACUUUAUACAUAGUCUGCAUACGCAGGUCCGACAGCAUGACCGGAAUAGCAGAUCUUUUCCACGAGGCAGUACGCUGCGCACAGCUCAUCAAGCUAGAAGAAGAGCCCGAAGGACGCUAUUCGCCAUUCGAAGUGGAGUAUCGGCGGCGAUUGUGGUACCACCUGUGUGGACUCGAAUCUCGAACGGCAGAGGAAGGUGGUUCGAGAAAGUACAGCAUUUUCAAAGACAAGAAAGUUGAAUUGCCACGAAAUUUGAACGACUGCGACUUGAACCCGCGCAUGACAGCAAGCCCAUUGGGGCGCAAAGGCAUCACCGACUGCACAUUUCCAAUACUCAGAUUCAAGAUACAUCGCCUAGUAUUCGGCAUCUGGAAUAUCGGAAGCGGCUCCCCAGCAGGCACUCCUGGCGUCACCGAACGACAACGACAAUUUUAUAACGAUGCUAAAGACGAGCUUGAUAAAGUCUACAUGAGUUUUAUGGAUGAAACAAGACCAUACGACUGGCUGUGCGUCAACUUCAUCGAAGGCAUGCUAACCAAAGCUCGCCUUCUGAUCAACUUCCCUCGUGGCACCGUUCCCACCAAGACCAUGCCUGAGGAAGAGCGCAUGAUUCUGCUUGAGUCAUCGGUGGACAUCAUCAAGCGUACUCAUGCGCUUGCUGUGGAUGACCGCAUCUCCGACUGGGUAUGGUAUUUCAGAGGCUAUGUGCAGUGGCACUCGCUCGCCAUAGUCGUUGCUGAGCUUGCGUGGAGCCGUGAUGAGAGCUUCACAAAUAUGGCCUGGAGUGUGCUAGACAGACUCUUGGCGCAAUGGGACAAACUCUACCAGACGAAGAAGGAUGACCCUGCAUGGACACACGUGAACGAAUCGAUUCAACGAGCGAGGAAAGCGCGUCAGCAAAAAAGGUCGGCUGGCGCAACGCAAGCAGAGAAUGUGCAUAAACGACCACGGCACGACGCGCCUCCAAUUCCACAGCAGACUGUGCCCCCACCACUGCAAACCAACCUGCACCAGCAAAUCCUUCAGCAUCGCCCAGCGUCGAUUAGUAACACCACAAUGCCCCCGCAGAGCACCCACUAUGUGCCAAACGCGCAAGCUGCGAUACCAAUGUACAACGACGGGCCGACGCCAGAAUCGCAGGUCUCGGCAGGUUCUGGGUCAUACGAAGAGUUUAGCCCCGUCGACUGGAACCUUGAUCCGUUCGCGAAUACUGACUGGGACGCGUUCAACACGGUAUUUACCAAUAAUCUUUGGGACGACUGGUUGCCAAUGCAGAAUAUGGACAUGGGAAUGCAAGACGGUGGCCAUUGGUGGCCCCCGAAUCAGAAUGUUAUGCCGCUUUACGGACAUUAUCAACCGCAGGGACAAUACUAUGGCUGAGCCAUGAUAUACGCGAACUGGAUACCAGUGCUUCAAUUCGGUUGUUCGUAUGUUCUUGUGACGAUCUAGGACGCCGGAUGCCUCGAACCUUUCAGACACUACCACGCUUACGUGUCGAGCAAGGUUGCAUGCGACAGCACACCCGAUUUUGGGAAACAAAGAUGAUGGGACUUCUCACUUACAUGUUCGCAUACAAGUCAAGCAAGUUCGAUGCGCUCGCCACGAGUCGAUAGCGUGCAGAUUUCGAGUCACAUAUCAGCGCAGGUGCGAAAGAACAGCCAAGGAUUCUGAGGUGAAUAUGCGCAGCCAGCGCACAAGCCAACUUGAGGGAGAGAAGACCGCACGAAUGAACUCAUGUCAUCAGUGUGGCAAUACCAAAUGAGCAAAGAAUGUAUUCACGGAGUGGUGUGGCAUGCUAGAGUAAGGGAAAGGAGUACAUAGGAUUGAUACCCACUCUUUAGUCUCUUUCACAACUGGGGUUGGGAGUCUUGGCAACGACCUUAUA